UGGGAGAAUGUAAAGUCCAGGUGUUAUCUCUUAGAAAUGGAGAAGAGGUCAGAGUCAACUAGUAAAGACUCCAGGUUGUGUUCAGACUUCCGGACUGAUCAGGUGGAGGAGAGACAACAGAAGAUGUUACAGUGGAGGAGCUCGGCCCUCAUUCUGCUGGUGACUCUGCAGUUUGCGGCUGUCUCUUGGGCUCACCGAUGUCAGACUCCUGAAGGGAAAUGUGACUUUGUGUGCGACUGUUCUGACUGCAGCGAUGAGACAAACUGUGGCUACAGCGGGAAAGGGUUUGAGUGUACCUUUGAGGAUUCAGGCAUGUGUGGAUGGACUGACCAGUCCGUCAAUUCAGUAGAGUACAGCUGGCAGAGAAGUCAGAGAGGAGGGGUCACGCUGCCGGACAGUGGACCGUCCUCUGACUACACCACCGGGACAGCUACAGGCUGGUUUAUGGGAGUGAGUGCAGUGCAGAAAGAGUCUCUCAGCGCUGCAGUUUUAGUCUCCCCAGAGAUGAAGCAGUCUUCACCAAUCUGUCGCCUCCGUCUCAGAUACUUCCUGUGGGACUCAGGUCACAAAGGUUUGGGCUCCACACCCCUGUGGGCGUCCAUCCUUCCCCAGGACUCUCGAGAGACUGUGGUGUGGCGUCCUGAGGUCACCAGUGUCCGUGGCUGGAGGGAAGCUACCAUCUAUCUGGGCCGUAUUCCCACAACUUUCCGAAUCCGUCUUCAUUCGCAGCGCUCCAAGGGGCAAAGAGGAGAUGUGGCAGUAGACCAGCUGGAGUUUCUGGACUGUGCUCUGCCCUCACCACAUUCUGGUAAAGAGUGUCCAGCGGGGAUGAUGAAGUGUAAGAAUGAGGGCUGCGUGGAGCUGCGGCAGGUCUGCGACGGCACUGAUGACUGUGGUGAUGGGACUGAUGAGCAGAACUGUGUGUCUUUAUUAGGGUACCAGCCCUGUGACUUUGAGAAGGGUCUGUGUGACCUGUGGGACCUGAGGUCACUGUCCAACUUGAGGUGGGUAAGGACCAAUCAGGAGAAGAUGUCCGUCACGGAUCCUCUGAAAGGACCAGGCAGGGAUCAUUCCAGCAACAGUGCAGCAGGUCACUUCCUGUAUGUCACUGUCCCUGAUGGUGGUCUCAAAAAUGACUGGGCCGCUUUCCAGAGUCACCGCCUUGAACCCACCAAUAGUUCACACCCUUGCAAGAUGGUGAUGUACACUCACCAGUUUGGGCCGAGGUCCGGCGGUCUGUCGGUGCUAGUGGCCGAUGAGAAGAUCUACCCCGUAUGGCAGAGGGGCGGUGCUCUCGGCGAUGUUUGGGUGAAGGCAGAGGUGGAGAUUGUCACCAACUCUACUUUCCAAAUUUUAAUCGUGGCAGCAAUCAGGGACUUUGCAUAUGGAGGCAUCGCUGUCGACAGCAUCGUGUUGUCUCCCGAAUGCCGCUUGUCAUCUGUAAAUGACACCUGGGCUGGAGGGUUCCCGAAGCCCCCUAAACACCCGUGUACUGUACCGGAGAAGAUGUGUGACUUUAAUCCUGACUGUGUAGGAGCAGAGGACGAAGCCAAAUGUGGGGAUUUCUUUUACGCUGAUGGCAGCUCAGGCUGGACCGACAGCAGCAUCGGGAGUCAAGGUUGGAUGCUACAUGAAAAUACCACUUCCGGAGAGGACCACCUGUAUGUAGCCGAGGCUCCAGGCCAGCAGCUAACUGAGGCCCAGACGCGGACCCCCCUCCUGGGCCCCUCCAGCCCAGCCUGCACCCUGAGCUUUGAUUAUGAACUAAGUGGGAAUCCAAGUCACAUUGGUGAGCUGUCUGUCAGGGUGUUUGACAGCUUGCUCGGCAUACAGCCCAAGCUGUGGGAGUUCAGUGGGAGGACAGGAGCAGGAGAGGGGGCAUGGCAGCAUGCCGACAUGCCUAUUGGAGCCAGAAAACAUCGUUUCCAGCUGGCCUUUGAGGCUCGCGCUGUGAAACUUUGCCCAUGCGCCAAAAUUAGAGUGAAAAACGUUCGAUUUGUCGCCUGUCAUGCCAACUAUUUCCCAUCCUCUUCAACAGCGCUGUCAUGUAACUUUGAAGAGGGGCUGUGUGGAUGGUAUCAGGACAACAGCGACAACUUUGACUGGACAGUGAUCGAUGGGAUGGACCACACCAUCGGGAUUGGGAAAAGCCUUGUUGUGGACAUGUGGAGUCCGUCUCUGCGUGGUGCGUUCGGACGCUUGAUUUCAUUCACACAAUCACCAGGUGUUACAGGUCACUGCCUGUCCUUCUUCUACAAGCUCUACGGGCCCAACGCAGGUGCUCUGAAUGUGAAGCUGUUAGAUAAAGAUGGUUUUGAGACCGUCCUCUGGACCCGAAGUGCAGCUCACGGCAACAUGUGGCACGAGGCGCACUGCCCUGUACCACACCAGCUCACAAACUUCCGGCUGAUGUUUGAAGCUGUUCGCUCUGGUUUUGACGGGCGCGUGGCCAUUGACGAUGUGGCCUUUGGGGACGGUCCAUGCACCGUGCCGAGGAUGUGUUCCUUCGAAGGUCAGCGGUGUGGUUACACUGGCUCUGGUAAAGUUCGCUGGCUCCAUCGCAGCGGACUCACCGCCACAGUGACUGGACCCAAAACUGACCACACUCUGGAGACUGAACUGGGUUUCUACAUGAUGGCCAACACUGGCGCCAACAACCUUCCCUCUGGUGAAACGACGGCCCUCCUCUCCCCUUUUCGCCAAGGAACCACCAAGACUGAAUGCGUCAGUUUCUGGUAUCACAUGGGAGGAGUGAAUCCUGGUUCUCUGACAUUGUACAUGAAGCCAGUGAAGGGAGAAAGGGUGAAGAUCUUCUCUGAUAGUCUGAACCAGGGAGAUGUCUGGCGCCAUGGCAACGGCAACAUCUCGAGUGCCCUUGAGGACUGGCAGCUGGAGUUUGAGGUGGUCGGAGCCGGAGGCAAAGACACUCACGUUGCAGUUGAUGACAUCUACAUUUCAGCUCACCCAUGUCAAGAUCUAGGCUCUAAGUGCAGCCUGGAGAGAGGGAUGUGUAGCUGGAGCAACACUCAAAACAUCAAAAUGGACAAACUGGACUGGGAGCUGACGAGUCAGGAGGCAGAGAGCCACUACCCCACCCCAGCCGAGGACCACAGUCUGGGGACAGAGAAAGGUCACUUCCUGUUCUUACCGAGCAGCAACCGGACCACAGACAAUCAAAACGCUCAGUUACUGAGCCCUCACCUGCCCCCGACCAAAGGCACCUGCCUGAAAUUCUGGGCCUACAAGCCGUACUCAUCGGACAGCGAGCUGAAGGUGUGGAGGCUGUCUAAAGGUCAUCUCGAUCAGGUGCUGGUGAUUAGAGAACUGGGAGGACCAUGGAGACGCUUUGACGUCAACAUCACAUCUACUGAGGAAUACCAGAUUGUGUUUGAGGGAAUCAAAGGCACACAAGGUGUUGUAGCUCUGGAUGACAUUGAGUACACCGUCGGAGUCGACUGUGCUAACCAAGUCACAGAUGCAGUAAAAACUGCAAAGGGAGACAACGCAGGAGGGAUCGCAGCGUCUGUCAUCGUGGUCCUGCUGCUGAUCGCCACAUUGAUCGCCCUGCUGGUUUACUACCUGCGAAUCCGACAGAGAGUCAAUAAUAUGGCUGGUCCAACAUCAUCCAUAUCAUCUUCCACAGCUGAUGCUGGUUUCAGUAAUGAAUCAUAUGAACCAGACCUCACACAGGACCAUGUGAUGAUUCCACCAAGGCAAAACCAUCCCAUGGAGGCUGGGUUCAAUGAUGUCUCCGUCCCUGCUGAUUUCAGAGAGAUGGAGGUGGCGUGAGGCAGGAGGAGCGGUGUUCCUGCCACCCAGAGGUGGCUUUGUAAAACUGAGGCGAUAUCACAGCAGAAGAACUGCUUGUGUCGCCCCUCCAUGACACACACACACACACACACACAUAUACAUACAUACGUACACAAAACACAAACCGCCAACAUACUGAAACACUGAUGAACGCCUAAUCGGUACAGCUGCCUCAGAUCUGAUGGAGCCCUUGAGGGUCGCAGCUCUCUGCCUGUGGACGGACGCAUGGAAGUCAGAAGGAGAACGUCUGAGGUGUCGUGGACAGAAAGAAGUUUAACUGUCUUUAAAUCAAGAUGGGGCAUAACCCAUGAAUGGCAAACAUGGUUGCUUGGAGAUUUAGGAUCCAUUUUGGAUCCGUAAGUAAGCACCAACUGAGGUUCUUGAGCUUAGAAGACGUGAGUUUACCAGACAGAGAGUCUAAUGAAAGACACGAUCAAGAUGCAUUUUGGGAGAAGAGCUUGACUCACAUUAAGGACUAAAGGUUGAAAUAUCUCUGCCUCAAUCUCUUGAAAGUGUUCUUACUUUAUAGAAAGUUGUGGAGUGCUUCUUUAAAGGAAAGAACUUAAAACUGACGGGUUAAACCUUGAUAGAAGAUAAAAAAGGUUAGAGAGGAAGUUGACGUGUAAUGCUGCUGUUUGGAAAAAGUCUGUGAGACAGAUGUAUUCUUUGGGCUUUGUGAGAGGGUCAUUACUCUUUUAAACAAGAUAUAAUUAAAAUGAAUUAAAGCUGAGCAUUAAAAUACGA